AUGACUUUUUCUCUGUGGAAAUUCGGACUUCUGCUCAUCAGCCUCAUAGAAGCGAAUGGACUCCACAACUUUCCAAAAAAUUUUGUUGUGGCAAAAUUUAACGACGCAAAGCCAGUCACACUGACCUGCAACACAAGCAGUGACGAAGAAGUCAAGUGGAAGUUUGAAGGGGUCGAGUUGGAAAUUGAGGAUAAUAUCCAGCAGGUCGGUCAAAAUCUGAGCGUGACUUACGUGGAGAGUCCCUUGCUGGGAGAGUACAGCUGCUGGAGAGGAGUAGAGAUGUUAUCAUCGACCCACCUGCUGCUGAAGGCGGAGGAGGAAGAGGAAAUAGAUUCCUUCAUCACUUGUUUGGCAAAGUCUUAUCACUGUCAGUUCAGCUGUAUCUUCAGCAACAGUGAAUUCGAAGCAGUGCGCGUCGGACUGGGCCAUGACUGCACUGAAGGAGGGAAGUUGUGUCACUGGAUCAGCAGCGGUGAUCAGAAUCGGGACGGGGGAUUCCAGUUUGAGCUGUCGCACUCCCUGUCACCCUACGCUGAGGAAAGCACCAUGCUCGAACUCACCGCUGAGGCCAUUGUUGACUUCAAUGUCCACAGGACAACAAGGAGAUUUUAUCUCCGAGACAUUGUUCAACCCGACAGUCCCCAGAUUGGCACGUGUCAGGAGUUGGAGCUGGAGCUGAACGUGACCAUCGAUCCUCCAUCCAGCUGGUCAACGCCUCACAGUUUCUUCGAUCUGGAGCAUGAGAUUGAAUACGUGUUCAAAGAUGACGGGAAGAUUGGCCGCUCUUUAUCUUCACUGGUGCCGAAGAGCAUCAGCAAGCUGAGGGUUCGCUCCAGAGACUCGCUGGUGCUCUCAACCUGGAGCGAGUGGACUCCUUGGAAAAAUGUGAGGACGAGGGAAGAGAACUUGUGCAAAUGCAGAAACACAGUAAAAUACUGCUGUCCAGAGUUGCCACUCGGGUUGAUGGACCGCUGCAAGAAGAAGAGGAAGAACAAGAACAAGAACAAAGAUGUCAGGCAUCCUAAAGACAUGUUAAAUCGUUCUGGUGCAAAAACACACCACACUUUGUAGAGAAUAAUGAAAAAAUAUUUGUAUACAUGGGUGUGUGUAUUAAGUAAAUAAAGUGUCUGACCUGACAGAUAAUAACUUGUGUUCUUCGCUAAAUUAUACUCAGGUGCCUGUUUAUCAUUAACAACUUAAUUAUCUUGUUAUUUCAGAAAUGUAGUCCAAAGAAAAAAGGUGCUCUGUUUUACUGAGCUAACAAGAUAAUCUGUUAAAAAAAAUAACGACAUAAUUUCCCCUUAAAACAAGUCUGCUGUUCUUAAUUAAUGACUUAAUUAUCUUGUUACUUCAGAAGAACAGAGCAGAUUUCUUCUCUCAGGUGAAUACGACACGCUUCCCUACAAAUAAAAAGGAAAUACACAGUCAAAUGUGUUUUUUUUUCAUGUUACAUUAUAUUACAUGUCAUUUGGCAGACAUUUUUAUCCAAAGCGACUUUCAAUUAGUGCAUUCAACAUCUUUGUUGUCUUUCAUUUGUAUAAAACAUCUAUGAG